AUGCUUGGUGGUACCUCUCUCUAUCUUCUUUCUUCUAUAUUGGGUAUUCUAGCGGACUUAGUCGAUAGAAACAAAGAAAAACAACAAAAAGAAAUCCUAAAGAGACAAGCAUUGCUGGAGAGUGCAGGGGGCCCUGAUGCAUUCGCUCCAGGCAUCAUGGGGCCCCCAGGCAUGCCCCCAGGUCUUAUGGGGCCCCCAGGUAUGAUGGGGGGCCCCCCAGGGAUGAUGGGGGGGCCCCCAGGUAUGAUGGGGCCCCCAGGCAUGAUGGGGCCCCCGGGGAUGAUGGGGCCCCAAGGCAUAGGACCACCCAUGGGGAGACCCAGCGUCAUGGGGGGCCCCAUGGGGGGCCCCAUGGGGGGCCCCAUGGGCAGGGGUCUACCCAUGGGGGGCCCCAUGGGGGGCCCCAUGGGGGGGCCCAUGGGGGGGCCCAUGGGGGGGCCCAUGGGGGGCCCCAUGGGCGCUAGACCCAGCAUGAUGGGGGCCCCCGGCAUGAUGGGCAUGCCGGGGAAGGCACCGCCAAUGCAGAGUCUCAGCAUGAGGCCGCCAAUAAACCCCGGGCAUACAACAGCAGCACGAGGAGGCAGCUGUACCAAUGCAGCAGGAGGUGCAGCAGAAGCAGCAGCAGGAACACUGCAGCAGGAGCUGCAGCAGGAGCUGCAGCAGGUGCUGCAGCAGCAGCAGGAGCUGCAGCAGCAGCGAUGCUUCAGGCAUACUUACUUGGUGUUGCCGCGCGCAGUUCCAACUGUAGAGGACUGCAGCAGCAGCAACAGAAACAGCAGCAGCAGCAGCAGCAGCAACAGCAGCAGCAGCAGCAGAGAACGCUAUGCAGCUGCUGUGAAGGUUUCUAGGCUGCUUGGGCUGCAGCAGCAGCAGCAGCAGCAGCAGCAGCAGCAGCAGCAGCAAGCAGCAGCUGGGGCUGCUCGAGCUGCAGAGACACCGCAGCAGGGAGGCUGUCAUGUUUUGCAGAAAUACGAACACUUAACAUUUCGUAAUAUCAUAGAAUACAAAGCAGCAGCAGCAGCAGCAGCAGCAGCAGCAGCAGCAGCAGCAGCAGCAGCAGCAGUAGCAAUAGCAGAACUGCUGUUGCUGCUCCACCGAGCUGCAGCAGCACCAGCACCAGCUGCAGCAGCAGCAGCAGCUGCUGCUGCUGCUGUCUGCUGCUGCUCCAGCUUACAUAGUGUGGAAGCCGGUAGCCGUAGCAGCACACCUAGGCACGUGCACUAG